AUGAGGAUAGAAGAGCUCAUAUCUUUUACUGAUGAUGACCUACAGGGUGUUGAGAUGCCCCAUGAUGAUCCUCUUGUUAUCACCACAGUUAUUAAUGGAUAUCAGGUGAAACGAAUUAUGGUCGACACCGGAAGUUCAGUGGGCGUCUUAUAUACUAGCGCCUUCAAUCAGAUGGGAAUUGACAAAUCCCACCUCCUCCCAUGCAGAGGACCACUUGUGGGUUUCACUAGCCAUGCCCUCAUACCAGAGGGAAUGAUAACUUUACCAUUUAUAUUAGGAGAAUAUCCUAGGCAAAUCACUAUCCAAAUCCAAUUUCUGGUAAUGGAUUUGAAGUCAGCCCAUAAUGUUAUAUUGGGUCGAAUCGCUCUCCACCUCUUGCAAGCCAUCCCCUCAACUUACCAUCAGAUUAUCAAAUUUCUGACCCCAAAUGGAGUCGGAGUAGCCCGGAGCAAUCAAAGAGAAGUUAGAUCUUGCUAUCUACUCUCGAUCAAGGGGAAGGGUGUCCAAGACACUAUGUCGAUUGAAAAAACUUAUCUCCAACUGGAGAAGACAAUAGAAGGACCAAGGACGGAGCCAGUAGAAGAGCUCCAUGAAGUCCCUAUUGAUCAAGAAGGAAUGAAGACAAUCAAGAUUGGGUCCGGAUUAGUUGAGCCCUUAAGAGGGGCUAUGGUGGAAUUUCUAAAAGCAAAUACUGAUGUAUUUGCUUGGAGACCAGACGACAUGCUAGGGGUUCCCCCCGAGAUAAUGUGUCAUGAACUGGCCGUGAACAAACAUGUCAAACCAGUUCGACAGAAGAAGAGGCAUCUCGGCCCAGAGUGCCAGAAGGCGGCGGUGGACGAGGUAAAUAGGCUUUUGAAAGCUGACUUUAUCUGA